AUGAAGGGACCCGAGUGCGAGAACCCCCCGACCGGUGAGACAGAGGAUGAAGAGGAGGAGGAGGAGCAAGACGAGUCGUCUAGGAGAGAGGCGGGGGGGCUAGAGCAGGCCCCGACCCCCCUGUCACACGUCCCAACCUCAGAGUUCUCCAUGGGGCCCCAGAGCUCCCCAGGGGAGGGAGGGAGUCCCCUGGAGGGCCACACCCACAGGCCCGUUGCAGGCCAGCAGUUCCCCGGCCAAACCUUCAUCUGCUCUCUGUGUGGAACCUUCUGCCCGGAUGCUUUGUUCCUGGAGGAACACGUCAAACUGAUACACGCAGACGCUUCCGGUGCUCAGGCUCUCCAGGCUCUGCAGUCCACCUGCUCCGCAGCACCCGACAUGGGGGAGGGUGGCGACGACUCUAGGGGGGGCGGAGAGGGGCAGAAUGAGGACGGUGAAGGAGAGGGAGAGGGGGCCGACGCUGGGCCGGGAGGGGGCCCCGUGAAGAAGGAGAUCAAAAUCGACGGCGGGUACGAGUGCGGGGACUGUGGGCGCCACUUCAACUACCUGGGCAACCUGCGGCAGCACCAGAGGAUCCACACCGGGGAGAAGCCCUUCAUGUGUCCCGAGUGCGGGGAGAGGUUCAGACACGCGGCGCGCUUAAAGAGCCACAGACUGGUGCACAGUGGGGCCCAGAGCCCCUUCCCCUGCCCCCAGUGCGGGAAGGGGUUCUCCGUGCUGUCCGGGCUGAAGAGGCACCAGAGGGUCCACACCGGGGAGAGCCCCUACGCCUGCCCUCAGUGCGGCCGGCGCUUCAAGGAGCUGGGGAACCUGUACACCCACCAGAGGAUCCACAGCGGGGCCACGCCCUACUGCUGCCAGCAGUGUGGGCGGAGCUUCAGACACCUGGGGACCUACAAGAGCCACCGCUGCACCCCCCCGCAGUGAACCUAUCCCGAUGCUGAGGAACAUUUGUAAGAGAAAGGAAAUGGGGCUGACUCAGAGGCGAGGGACACUGCUGGUGACACUGAAGGAGGCGCAGGUCAAGUGGAGAACGGGUUGGUGUCCUGAGAUGACCCCCAUGUUCGGUCAUCCUCGUGACAUUUCACACUGAAUCAGGAAUUAAGAAAAGAGGCGUCAUUGAGCUAGGUUUGACCUUGGAAGCGAAGGUUUGAGGAAACAAUGUCAACUCCACGGCACUCCUUAUCAGCAGAGGGAGUUUCCACGGAACUGUAGGCGUUCAAACUUUCAGUUUUAUCAGAGGACUUGUUUUUUAUGUAAGCAUAAAGUCAGCAGGUUUAUUAUUGACAUAAGAAACGUUUGAGAGGAGAGAAACACUUAGAUUUCCAUGGUGGAGACAACUCAGUCAUUCUGAGCUCAGGUUGUUCUUAAAGCUGCAUCAGAGGCCAUAAGCAUUGUUUUAGCCCAUUGAUCUGUGAAACGUUACCCAAGAUGUCAUUAUCCUUAAUUAUCUUUUAACCAUUUUCUCAAGCAUAUUUCAGCUGGCUUGACAUAGGUAAUCAGUUUAAUUAAAAAGCAGAGGGGGCAAAUCGGUUCAACAUUGUACCCAGGUUUCCAUCCCAUUGUAUCACACAUUGUAAGAAAAUCAUGAAAAAAUGCCAAUUAACGCUUGUUACCAUCAUCCACUACGUGCCAAAAAAGGCCAACUAUUUCAACUUAGCGAGGCCCUUUUUUGCUUCGUUUUGAGUUUCUUUUUGUUCAGAAUUUUCAGCAUUUGUACUCAUGUUAUCAUUUGUAUUUCCAACACAACCACCAAAUGUGGAAGAUGUAGAUUUAAAGGGCUCAUCAACUCUAAACUGAGGUUUUCAGGUGGUAUAAAUGAAUGGAAACAUGAUAAUGAAUAUUAUAUUCAAUUUCUGCGAACAUAUUCCCUUAAAUCCCACACUCUAGGGCUGCAGUCGAAUAGUCAAAAAAUCAGCUCCUAACGUCUAACCCUAUUGUCUAUUCCUUGACCUCGGAGUGAAACUUCACAGGGUUAAGGGACAGUGGAUAGGAGAAUUCAAAAGGACUUAGGAGAAGAGACUGCGGUACCUUAGAGAAUCCGACUGCACUUUCACUA